AUGCGAACGGUGACUGCCCUCCUGGGCGAGGAGGCGGCCGAUGAUCCGGAGACGGUGCCCGAAAUCGGCCUCGGGCCGGACGUGGCUAGCAUGGGCCUGGCCGCCUCUUUGGAAGAUACGACGAACGCCCCCAAAACCGCCCAUGAGGACGAUGUUCGCAUCGAUUUGGAUAUGGAUCUGGAGGGGAUCGAUGAUGAUGAGAUUGAUACCUAUAUAAUGAAUGAAAAGGAGUUUGAGUACAAGAACGUUCUGUGGCAUCGGAAGAAUGCCGACUAUUUGGAGGAGCAGAAAGUGAAGGCCGAGCGAUUGCAAAAGGAACGCGACGAAGGCAAGCCGGAGAAGAAGCGCAAGCGCACGACGAAGAGGAAAGCGAUCGGGCCGGCGAAUUCGGCCGGCGAGGCCAUCGAGAAGAUCGUGCAGGAGAAGAAGAUAUCGACGAAGAUCAACUACGACGUGCUGAAGAGCCUGAGCGCGGCGCCGACGCCUUGCGAGACCGUCGACGUCGAGGCGGAGGACGCGGCCACCACUUCUGAAUCGAUCAAAAGAAGGAGGCUGUCUUCAGUUUCAAACUAUUUGGAGGCAUCUGAAACGAGCAACAGAAGAAAGACGAAAGGAAAAUUCCAGAUGGGUUUGCCCGUUUUCGAAGAUACUCCGAAAGAGGACCUGCAGGAAGUCAUCACAAAGGAAGGGAAGAUGAAGAAAGAGGAAGAGACGAAAAAAGAGCCGACAAUAAUUGUUUCUGAAGACGAAAUGGACGAAGACUAUGAAGACGAUGAACAGCCGGCGGAGACGAACAACGAAAUGGGCGUUCUUCAAAUGCUGCGCCAACAUAGAGAAGAUGAAGAAGAUCCUCAAGAAUUCGGUUACGGGUAUUACGAAGAACCGGACUACUGA